CACGUAUUUUCAUCAAUCAUAGUUAUCUUUUUGGAUACAGUGUUUCGUAAACACACUCCACUUUCAUCUUCAUCUUCUAAAUUGGGAUCUCCAAAUCCUGCUACUCUGGGGCGAUUCAUCAUAUUUCGAUCCAAAAUAUACGCUCAAACACAACCUACUUUUGUAAAAUAUGGCGAGCAGAGUACCUCUGCAACUUGUAUUGAACAGAAUCAAGAGCGUUCGAUGUUUUGGGACUGUAACCGAAGGAAUCGCAUCUUCUACCGCAUCUUCUCGUCACCUGAUUGGUUUAGAACAUGAUUACAGCGCCCAUAAUUAUCAUCCGGUCCCUGUAGUAUUUUCUCAUGGAAAGGGGUCAACUAUUUGGGAUCCAGAAGGCAAUAAAUAUCUCGACUUCCUUGCAGCUUACUCUGCAGUUAAUCAGGGACAUUGUCAUCCGACGAUCAUGAAAGCAUUAAUUGAGCAGGCACAAACCCUAACUCUCAGUUCUAGAGCCUUCUACAACGACAAAUUUCCGGUCUUUGCAGAGUAUCUAACCAAAUUAUUUGGAUACGAUAUGGUUCUGCCAAUGAACACCGGUGCUGAAGGAGUAGAAACUGCUUUAAAGUUGGCAAGAAAAUGGGGUUACGAGAAAAAAAGAAUUCCCAAAGAUCAGGCUAUCAUUGUGUCAUGUUGUGGAUGUUUUCAUGGUCGUACAAUGGGUGCUAUUUCUAUGAGCUGUGAUAAUGAUGCCACUCGUGGAUUUUGGCCGUUGUUACCUGGUCAACUUAAAGUUGACUUUGGAGAUGAAGCUGCUCUGAAAAAAGUUUUUGAAGAAAAAGGAGAACAUAUAGCUGGUUUUCUAUUUGAGCCGAUACAAGGGGAGGCAGGGGUUAUAAUUCCUCCAGAUGGUUACCUUAAGGCUGUGAGAGAACUUUGCUCAAAGCAUAAUAUAUUAAUGAUUGCAGAUGAAAUACAAAGUGGAAUAGCACGAUCAGGAAGAAUGUUGGCAUGUGACUGGGAAGGCGUACGCCCUGAUGUCGUCAUAUUAGGAAAAGCGUUAGGUGGUGGCGUGAUACCAGUGAGUGCGGUUCUUGCAGACAAAGAUGUUAUGCUUUGCAUACAACCUGGUGAGCAUGGGAGUACAUUUGGAGGAAAUCCAUUGGCUAGUGCGGUUGGCAUCGCAUCAUUGCAGGUGAUACAAGAUGAGAAACUUGCCGAGAGGUCUGCUGAAAUGGGAGAGGAGUUGAGGCGGUUAUUAACAAAAACUCAGCAACGGUUUCCUGAAAUUGUAAUGGAAAUUAGAGGGAAAGGAUUAUUUAAUGCGGUAGAGCUAACUAGCAAGUCUUUGUUCCCUGCAACUGCAUACGAUCUUUGUAUCAAACUGAAAGAAAGAGGGAUUCUUGCGAAACCGACUCAUAAUGCUACUAUUCGGUUGACUCCUCCCCUUUCCAUCAGUUUGGAUGAGAUUCGAGAAGGAGCUAAAGCGUUUCAUGAUGUUUUGGAACACGACCUCCCCAAACUGUUGAAGGAGAAGCCUAAGCCUGCAUCCCCAAAAGCUCGAGAUACAUGUGACCGGUGUGGACGUGAGUUGUAUGGUUGAUACAUCUCAAUGCUAGGUUAUUUUAACCAUUCCUUCAAAUGUGUUAUAGUUUUUACCUCUUAAAUAAACUCAUUUUCUCUUUAAUCUUAAUACAUAUGCUUCAUACCCUAUCUAAUGAAUAGCACAUAGUUUGCGGGAUUAUUAA